ACACUUCAAUCAUCAGUUGUGAUUUUGAAAACAUUUAGUUCUCAAGAUGUAUCAAUACGUACUCAUUGGAGUUUUGUUCUCGGCUAUUGCCAUCAAUGCUAGUCCAGCUGGAGGAAAACGUCCUGGAGCUGAUGACUUGAAUGUUGCCCAAGAGGCACGUCGCUUAGUUCAUCAAGCUAAUUGGGCAUCAGUGGCAACUAUUUCGUCAGAUUCUGCAAAUACUGGUUAUCCAAUGGUUAAUCUUUUGUCAACUGCUGAUAGCAAAGUUGGAGCUGAUUCAUCUGGAGAAAUUUACUUUUACAUGAUGGGAGUGGACAAGGUUGCCAGGGAUGUUAGAAAAGACAACAAAAUCAGUUUCAUGUUUACCGAUGCUCAAGAAGGUGAAUGCAAUAAGCGCGGUGAUGAUCCAUGGUCACACAAAUGUGCCAGAACUUUGAUUACAGGACAAGUUAAGAGGUUGGAAGAAGGAACUGAUGAACAUGCUCGUGGUUUGGAAGCAUUCUUAAGCCGUCACCCAACUGCUUCCCACUGGCCUAAAAUUCCUGUUCCCGAUCAUGACUUCUAUCUUUGCAAAUUAGAAGUUACUGACGUUAUGGUCUUCGGCCAAUACGGUUACAGGCACGCAACACCUGCGGAAUAUGCCGCUGGUACUGAUGCAGUAAAUGUCGCAAAUGCGAUUCAUGCUUAAGCAAUUUCACAGCUCAAGCAAUUUAAGCAUAUUUUCUGAUAAGUACU